UCGGCUUCGACCCUCAACCACUCCCCCCGGAGACGCAACUUAGUGUGCAGCUGCACCAGUAUCCCAGGCUGUAAGGACACACCGAGCCUCCACCAGACAUCAGACGUGUUGCGAGCGGGAUCGCCUUGCCAGCCCGCAGCUUGGAGCUUCGAGAAGACGUGCUGCUGCCGUCAUCGUUGCCGGCCUGAUCGAGAUGGGUUCGCCGUUCGAUAAUGACGACAACCUGCUGCUCAUCACACUGGCCGUGACGGUGGUGUUUCAAUUGGCCUUCUUUUUUGUUGCCUUCACCUGCAAGUUUGACAAGGUGACCGACUUCGCUGGAGGAAGCAACUUUGUUGUGUUGGCGAUCCUGACUCUCAUGCUAGGUGACGAGUACUACAUGAGGCAGAUCCUAGUCACGGCAGCGGUGUGCUUGUGGGGCACGAGGCUCGCAGGGUGGUUGUUGUACCGUGUGAUCAAGAUGGGCAAGGACGACCGUUUCGACGACACGAGAGAAAACUUCUUCAAGUUCCUCGCCUUCUGGGUGUUCCAGAUGAUCUGGGUGUGGUCCGUUAGCCUCCCAGUGACCCUGCUCAACUCCACAGUGGUCAACCCCGAUCGUUCAGCGAGGGAUAUCGCCGGAGCCGUGAUGUUCGUGAUUGGGUUCAUCUUCGAGUUCGGCAGCGACGUCCAGAAGGAUAUCUUCAAGUCCAAAGGGGGGAGAGGCGUGUGCGAGACAGGCCUGUGGAAAUACUCUCGCCACCCCAAUUACUUCGGGGACCUGAUGCAGUGGUGGGGGAUAUUCACCGUGUGUUCAACGAUUUUCGGGCCCGCGGCGGACGCUGGGGAGGCGGACUGGGGGUACGCUACCAUCUGCGGCCCCCUGUUCCUGACGGCCAUUUUGCUCUUCGCCAGCGGGAUCCCGACUGUUGAGUCGAGCUGGAUAAAGAAGUACGGCGGGACCGAGUCAUUCUGGGGUUACAGGGAGAGGACGUCCAUCCUCUUCCCCAUGCCUCCCGUUCUGUUCGAACCCUUGCCGCAGGUGGUGAAGGCGUGGCUCUUUCUCGAGUGGCCGUUAUACCAAGGUGCAGCAACCAGACCCCAGUCGGCCGUUUCUGAAGAAAGUGUCUUCGGUGGCGACGAAAGAAGAGUUUGCCCCUGAUGACUACCGGGAAGCCCCGCAGUCCUCCUCCGAUGAAGCCGAUCAAACCAGCUUGUAGAAGGCGCUGGGUUCGAGUCUCCUGAAGGGCGCUACUAGUGUUAUUAGGCUUUGUCUCUUGUGAAUUUGUGUCGUGUUUUUUUUUCCGUUGUACUACUGCUGUACGUCGGCGACAGCAAGAGGAAGCAGCACCAAUUUUUCUAAAAUAAUAAUAGGCUGAAAUGGGGUAGGAGUCAGGAAUUUGUUGCUUCGCAUUUAGGCCUUUUUUUGCAUGUUUGCCUAUCCAUUCAAGACGGACGUCCAGCCAUGGGUCAUGGAUCAUCCGACUUGUUGUUCGUUUCGGCAUAUAGAUUGGUUUGAUGGUUACUUGCGUGCUUUGUCCUGUUCGUGUUGUUUUUACUGGCGUUAGGGUUAGACUUGGGCUUGUUGAGCGAGUGGUUCGUAUCUCGUACAAUAUCUCGUAUGUAUGUAUCUCGUCGGUGUCCUUCUCCGUGUCUCGCGUUCUCGAAGCGAAGCUCUACGCGCACCUGGCAAUUUUUUCUCCGUGAUUGGUGCGUUGUAUGCAUAGCAACGUCGGUCGCGCCAAAACUAACUUUUUUUUCG